AUGCCUAUCGUCAAGGUGCACGCCCGCUCCGUCUAUGACUCCCGGGGCAACCCGACGGUCGAGGUCGACGUCGUGACUGAGACCGGUCUGCACCGCGCUAUCGUCCCCUCUGGUGCUUCCACCGGUGUACACGAAGCUUGCGAGCUCCGAGAUGGUGACAAGACACACUGGGGAGGCAAAGGUGUUCUGAAGGCUGUUAACAAUGUGAACACCGUCAUUGGACCCAAGUUGAUUGAGAAGAACAUCGAUUGCACAGACCAGUCAUCGGUCGACAAGUUCCUGAUUGAGCUCGAUGGAACAGAAAACAAGACCAACCUUGGUGCCAAUGCCAUUCUGGGCGUCAGUCUCGCGGUUGCCAAAGCCGGUGCUGCUCAGAAAGGUGUCCCUCUCUACGCACAUGUUUCAGAUCUGGCAGGCACGAAGAAGCCAUAUGUGCUGCCUGUCCCAUUCAUGAACGUUCUCAAUGGAGGCUCUCAUGCAGGUGGUCGUCUCGCUUUCCAAGAAUUCAUGAUUGUCCCCGACCAAGCUCCGUCGUUCAGUGAAGGUCUUCGAUGGGGUGCCGAGGUCUAUCAGAAGUUGAAGGCUCUGGCAAAGAAGAAGUACGGCCAAUCCGCUGGCAACGUUGGCGACGAGGGUGGCGUUGCUCCGGAUAUUCAAACCGCCGAAGAGGCUCUGGACCUGAUCUCUGCUGCGAUCGAGGAAGCUGGCUACAAGGGCAAGAUGAAUAUCGCUAUGGAUGUCGCCUCCAGCGAGUUCUAUAAAGAGAAGGAGAACAAGUAUGACCUCGACUUCAAGAAUCCCGACAGCGACCCAAGCAAAUGGAUCACCUACGAGCAACUAGCCGACAUGUACAAGUCUCUGGCGAGCAAGUAUCCAAUUGUCUCGAUCGAGGAUCCUUUUGCCGAAGACGAUUGGGAGGCAUGGAGCUAUUUCUUCAAGACGUCCAACUUCCAGAUUGUCGGUGAUGACUUGACUGUGACGAAUCCCAAGCGCAUCAAGAGAGCCAUUGAAUCCAAAGCUUGCAACGCUCUGUUGCUGAAGGUCAACCAAAUCGGCACCCUCACCGAAUCCAUUCAAGCCGCCAAAGAUUCCUAUGCAGCUGGAUGGGGAGUGAUGGUUUCUCAUCGUUCCGGGGAGACUGAAGAUGUCACCAUUGCUGACAUAGUGGUGGGUAUCCGAGCUGGUGAGAUCAAGACUGGCGCGCCAGCACGAUCUGAACGUCUUGCCAAGCUCAACCAGAUCCUGCGCAUCGAAGAAGAGCUGGGAUCCAACGCCAUCUAUGCUGGCACCAACUUCCGCAAGUCUGUCACCUUGUGA